CAUUCCGGAAUUCAAAUAGCCGAACGAAGCAGAUUCAUUUGUGUGGAAUCGAGGUGGUGCGGCACGAGGCAGCCACAGUCAGUUGUCUUCCUCGCUUGGAGAAGGCAGGAUACAGCAGCGGCACCAGUAUAAGUGGUCAUCUUCCUUAAUAUGGAGUGUGUGGUUUGCCAGGAUGACUUCAAUGCGGAUUCGAAAGUGCCUCGCGUACUGUCGUGUGGGCACACGGCUUGUGCUCAAUGCGUGAAGCUGAUGCUGAUCCACUCAACAGGAGGCACCCUUGUUUGUGUUGUGUGCAAACUGCCUCACUACGCUCUAGUCGUGAGUCCUUUGCAAGUCCCAUACAACUUCGCACUACUUGAUAUAAUGUUUGCCCACGUUAGGGGAAGCACCGCCAUGCAAGGAAGAGGUGCUGGUGUUAUGGUGGUGCCUGGCACUCGUGGAGGCCUGCAGGGUUUCGGUUCCGUUGUUCCUGGCCAUGGACCAGCCCUCCCUGGGGGUGCUCCUCCUCCUCUCGUGGCUCCCCAUGGGCGGGGGGGUGUAGUUACGGAGUGGCCUGUCGGACGGGCGAGGGGAGGAGGACCCCAUGGGCGUGGUCCCCCCCUGCCUCCUAGGGGCCCGCUACUUCCAACUCCACUGACACCCCUUGAACAAAUACGGGCAGCUGCAGAAGAUUCCCCUCCUCCACUCUCUUCAUCCACUUCAUCUUCUGAUUAUUAUGACGAUGAAGACGAGGACGUAACGCUGUGUCCCAACAGGCACCGUCAGCUGAAUGCCCCCACGGCUAUUGGUAACAAGUUCACGGUGACGCUCCAGCAGUCCCCCGGCAUGGUGUGGUAUGGUGGACAACUCAUGGACGGUAACAAGAUGACCUUUGCUUUCAACGACCCGAACCAAGGGAGUGCAAGCACGCCAAGUCAGGGCUCGGGCGCCGAACCUUUUGAAGAUCCAGAUGAAGACGCCAUCUUUGAUUACGUGCCUAUCUUGGGGCCGAAAACGUACCGCUAGUCGUCUGUGGACGCUGGUCUGAGGUGGCAGCAAGAACACGAGACUGCAUGCAACACAACACAAGGACCGCUGCUGAUUUUUAUCAUACUUUUGGUUUUAAGACUUUGUAGAAGUUUUGUAGAAGUUUUAAGGCAAUUUCUAUCAUUGCUAACUAUCAUUGCUCUACUUAGCCAUUACAGCUAGUAUUGAGCUGUUCUGUGUUGACUAUGUUGACUAUCGACUACCAUAGCAACGAUCAUAAUGACUGUUGACUAUCGACUACCAUAGCAACAAUCAUAAUGACUAUCAUAGUGCAUUUUACCGUUUUAAAGUUAUCUUUGUAGUGUGGUGUUGCCAUUUGUAGUGUGGUGUUGCCAGACUUGCUAAAGCAUAUUUAGAUUUGCUAAAGCAUGUAUUUCAAUGAAUGGCUUGUUAAUGUACGUGUGAUAUACAUGUGUGUGACAUACAUGUGACUGAGUUGCCCAGUAAAAGUACGAUUUUA